AUGCUAACCGAUACUCAAUGGCAUAGUGGCAUGUACGUGCCAUACAUAGCUGAGCAUAUGCUUAUGGCCAAGGAUUCCCGCUAUUUUAAUGUCAAAGGCGCAAUGAUUAAUGAUCCCGUCAUCGGGUACCCUGCUCUGACACAAGCGACUGUGAAUUACUUCACUCAGUUUUGGAACAACAUUUUGUCUUUCAACGAAACUAUAUGCGGAUACAUUGCAAAUUUAUCCAAGACAUGUGGCUAUGACAAAUACAUUGAUACAUAUCUUACUUUCCCGCCUCUCAAAGCGCAGCCAGCUCCAAACAAUCUUCCUGGGAGCAUUGGAGAAGGCACAGGCACCAUAUCGAGUUGUGACGCUAUCCAAUAUUUCCAGUCGUCUGCUAUGGAGCUCAACCCUGCAUUUAAUGUCUAUCAGAUAGCCCAGGCACUUCCGAUACCCUGGGAUGUUUUGGGAGAACCGGCUACGAAUCCAUACAUACCGCCAGGCGAACAAAUCUACUUCAACCGGCAAGACGUUAAGAAAGCUAUCAAUGCUCCAGCAAACGUCGACUGGAAACUCUGUGGCACCUCCAACAGGGGAGUCUUUGCUGUAAGCGACACCUCGGUGCCUUCGUCCAACGGACCGUUGCCAUACGUUAUCGAAACAACAAACAAUGUCAUGAUAAACCACGGCUCACUAGAUUCUCUGCUCACCGUCAAUGGGACGCUUCUUGCUGUUCAGAACAUGACCUGGCAUAAUAAAAUGGGAUUUCAAUCGCCACUAGAGCAGCCGCUCUUUGUUCCAUAUCAUAAAAAUCUCGACUUAAGGGUAGCCUCGGGCCAAGGAAUUAUGGGAACAUGGCGCCAAGAGCGAGGCCUGACGCUAUCAAUCGUUGCAAAGGCGGGACACAUGAUACCCACGACCCAGCCUGCUGCAGCAUUUCGCCAUCUGCAAGUUCUGCUAGGCAGAGUAAGAAACCUGUCUAGUGCUGACGCCUUCCAUAUCAACACCAGUAUGCCAUUGCAACCGGUGAAUCCUUUUAGCGAGGAGAUAUGA